AUGCCCGAAUCACCUGCGCCCUACUCCAGGCGCCGUCCGCAUCGCGGCCACUGGACUCCCUCAUUAAUUGGAUCAUACGUCUUCGACUGGCUCGUCCUCGCCGUUGCCGGCGGCAUUGCCACCGUGUUGGGCAUUAUCGAGCCGAACAAGCGUCCUUUCUCUGUCCUCGACCCCAAUAUCUCGUUCCCUUUCACACACCACGAAACCGUGCCUAUGUGGCUAGCCGCCAUCAUUGCUGUCGCUGGUCCCAUUAUUAUCAUCGCUGCCGUGUGCCUCAUCCUCGUCCCCGGAAACACAGUCCCCAAGGGAACUCCCAAGGGGCUCAUCUGGAAGCGGAAACUGUGGGAACUACACGUCGGGUAUCUCGGUCUCGCUCUCGCCCACGUAGGCGCCUUCUUCAUCACGAACGGCAUGAAGAACAUGUUCGGCAAACCACGACCCGACCUUCUCUCCCGAUGCCAGCCCGACCUAGAGAACAUUUCAAAAUACAUCGUUGGUGGCACUUCCCCCAAUAUCACCGGUCUGACAGGUGCGACGGGCUUUGGCCAGCUCGUAUCUGCCGCCAUUUGCCAAAACACCGAUUCCCACACUCUCAACGACGGCUUCCGCAGCUACCCGUCCGGUCACUCGAGCUCCGCCGCUGCGGGCCUGAUUUACCUCUCUCUGUUCCUCGCCAGCAAGUUCGCCGUCACCCUACCGUUCGUGGCUUCGGACAAUGGGGCUGAAUCGCACUCGGCUUUUCCCUCUCGCAUCAAGAAGACCGGGUCUGGCUACGAGGAAGUUGGACUCGGCGAAAGCGGCUCGCUCAACCCCGACUCUACCACCGCUGCAAGGAACUUGGCUGAGCACAACAAGGUUGUGACGGCUGUCCGUCGACAAGCUGCUGCCCCUCCGAUCUAUCUCCUGACCAUCGUCGUCCUACCCUGGUUCGCUUCCAUCUUCAUUGCCGGCUCUCGCUGGUUCGACUUCCGCCAUCACGGUUUCGAUAUUCUCUUCGGCUACAUGAUUGGAAUCUUCACUUCUAUCUUUGCCUUCCGCUACUAUCACCUUCCAAUUACCCAGGGUGCCGGUUGGGCUUGGGGCCCCCGAAGCCACGACAAAGCUUGGUGGUCUGGCGUUGGCUCGUACAGUUACGCGACUGACAAGGGAGAUUUCAUUCGGCCCGGCGAUGAGGAAGAGGCAUAUGUGUCGAGACCUGUCAUUGCCCAAGCAACGUCGACGCAGUACAUGGGCAAGCAAGGCUCUCAUGAAGAGCCAGAGGCUGAAAACCGAUUUUGA